CUAGGCAGAGACUUGUCUUCUCUCUGCCUUGGUGUCUACAGAAGCUAUGCUGUUUUCCACACCAUGAACUGGAAAUCUAGUUCUCAGGGAGUUGUGUUAACUGCCUAUCACCCCAGCAGCCACGAUGCCUUGGCCAGGAAUAACACCAAGGAGACAGAAGACGCCUCUGUGACCAGUCGCAGAUCAGGCCAAUAUUCCAUGAACCAUGAAAACACCGCAAAAGCCACAGGCAGUCCACCAUUUGACCGAUCCAAUUCCCAAGACUCUUUGGAAGAGACAUCUAUGGAGGAUUACUGGACAGAACUGGAAAACAUCAAGAAGUCUAGGGAAAAUCGACAAGAAGAACAAGAGGUGGUUGUUAAAGAGCCUGAUGAGGGAGAGUUAGAAGAGGAAUGGCUCAAAAAGGCUGGUUUGUCCAAUCUAUUUGGUGAGAGUGCGGGAGAUUCCCAGGAGAGCAGGCUGCUUUUGUCCACACUGACUCGGACCCAGGUAGCUGUGGUGCAGAAGCGAGUAGAGACCGUUUCCCAAACGCUGAGGAAGAAAAACAAACAGCACCAGAUCCCGGAUGUUAGAGACAUCUUCACACAGCAGACAGAGUUGAAGGAAAAUGUUCCAGAUGGAAGUGAGUCACAGUCUGUCGGAACAAGUGAAAAUAAAGAAGCUACACAGGAUGAUCAGGCAUCUGACUUUAGUAUCAGGGACAAAGAUAGUCCACCUGGGCCAAGUGAAGUCUCUACUUCUGAAACUGACAUCAACUUGGAGAUUUCAUUCGCCGAGCAAGCAUCCCAGCUGAAAGAGGAGUUGAAAGACAAAACACAGAUUCACAGACAAGAUACUCUAUUACCUAAUUUUCGUCUGCAAAAGCACAAAACAGGUAACACUAAAAUUGGUGACCUCGCAACCCAGGACAUGAAGAAGGUCUGCUACUUAUCAUUGAUUGAGUUGACAGCUCUUUAUGAAGUACUUGGGAUUGAACUGAAGCAACAGAAAGCCAUCAAGAUCAAAACUAGAGACGCCGGCCUUUUUGGCAUUCCACUGUCAAUAUUGCUGGAACAGGAUCAGAAGAAAGUCCCAGGCACAAGGAUACCGCUGAUCUUUCAGAAACUGAUUUCCCGGAUUGAAGAAGGAGGGUUGGAAACUGAAGGUCUUCUACGAAUACCUGGAGUUGCAGCAAGAAUAAAGAAUCUUUGCCAAGAACUUGAAGCAAAGUUUUAUGAAGGAACAUUUAAUUGGGAAAGCGUAAAGCAGCAUGAUGCCGCCAGCCUCCUGAAGUUAUUCAUUCGAGACCUGCCCCAGCCGUUGCUCAGUGUGGAAUACCUCAGAGCUUUUCAGGCUGUGCAGUAUCUCCCAACCAGGAAGCAGCAGCUCCAGGCUUUGAAUCUUCUCAUCAUCCUCCUUCCCGAAGCCAACAGAGACACUCUGAAGGUUCUGUUGGAAUUCCUUGAAAGGGUAAUAGAUCACCGGGAGAAAAAUAAAAUGACAGCAAGGAAUGUAGCCAUGGUAAUGGCCCCAAACCUUUUCAUGGGCUAUGGUUUUGGCCUGAAGGUGAACGAACAAAGUGAGUUUGGCAUGGCAGCAGGGACUGCACACACCAUGCACUACCUGAUUACAUACCAGAAGCUUCUUUGGACGAUUCCAACAUUUAUUGUAGCCCAAGUAAGGAAGCAAAAUACUGCGAACAACAAAAGAGACAAAAAAGACAAGGCUAUGAAGAAACUGCUGAAGAAGAUGGCUCAUGACCGUGAAAAACAUGAAAAGCAAGACAAGACACUCAGUGAUGCUGACGUCCCUCAGGGAGUGAUACGCGUACAGGCGCCCCAUCUUUCAAGAGUUUCCAUGGCGAUCCAGCUGACGGAGGACCUGAAAGCCAGCGAUGUUCUUGCCAGGUUUCUUAGCCAGGAGAGUGGAGCUGUCCAGAUGCUCAAGAAAGAAGAGGUGUUCUUGUAUGAAAUAGGAGGAAAUAUCGGUGAGCGCUGCCUUGAAGAUGACACUUACAUGAAGGACUUGUACCAACUCAAUCCGAAUGCAGAGUGGAUUAUAAAGUCCAAGCCUUCUUAGGUGUCCCCAAAACCUAUGACUGACCUUUUGGACUGAUGAGACCACGCUUAACCGAUGGGGAAAAGUGAUGAGGGUUGGGAUUCUUUUUUCAUUCAAAGUCACCCCCCUGCCUUAAUUAAUAUAUAGUCCCAUGUUUUACAGUGUCUCCAAGAGGCUUGCCCUUAUGGAUACUUCCCCUAUUCUCUUUUUCAUUAAGGUUCGUGCUGCUGCCAGAUUUGUUGGUUUUCUUUUUUAUUUUUUUAAGAGAUUUCCUUCACGGCAAGAUAUUGGAACAAGGAACUAUUUGGUUUAUGUUUCGUAUCAUGCCUUGGUGUCACACAACCUUCUGAGGACCCUCAGAUUUUGUUUUAAAAGGAAAUGGGGUCAGGGGUGUGGGGGAAGCGGGUGGCUCUUUCCCCAGCGUGCACACUUAACGAUAUUUUUUUUGUUAGGAUUAUGCUAUGUUGAACAACAGGGACUUAAUGAUGUUAAUAUAUUCCAGGUGAGACCAGCUGUCAGGUCCAUAUAUUUCAACGCUGGCUGGCUGAUAGUACUCCUUUAAUGUAGACACCUUGUUGUAACAGUAUACACAAUGGCCACGCACAUCUGACAAACGUGGAUGAUGUUGUUUCCGCUGUUAAGUAAUUGCCAAGGGCUGCCAAUUACUUCUGAAAUCACUGAAUACUAAUGUUCAGAAUACAAAAGCACAUUGGUUCAGAGUAACUGUUUGCUAGAUAGCAGGAAAAUGAAGGUCAACACUGGGUGCUUCUUGAUGGAAUUUACAAAGUCAUAGUUGGCAUUACCUAUCAGCAUUUUAAGCAACCCAAAAUAGUGCGAUUCCCAAAUGGCUACACAAUGCAUUCUAUAUAAAAGGAGCAUUAUUUUAUAUUCACAGACUCUCGGUUAGUCAUUCUGCUUUUGGUAGGACACGCUGCAUAUGAACAGGUUUGUAUGAAUGCUCACUUCAAAUAACCAGAAUGAAUUUAUUAAAUGUAGUAAGAAGUAUUAUUCCCAUGGAUUUUAUUCCACAAACCAUUGAUAUGAUUGAAGAUGCAAAUCUGCAUUGUAAAUAACAAGGGUGGAAUAUGAGAAAUGCUAAAUAUUUUAUAAAUGUAGAGUGGAGUAAAUAAAAGGUAAUGUAAAUGAGUAACAAAAUGAGUGUUAUUUUUUGCUAUAUUCUAGAUAAAAUUACAUUUUAUUAAGGACUCUGGGUGUCGCUUUAAUUAGGGACAAAAUGCUUUUGCUAAAACAGUUGUAAAUUUUCAGCUUUGUUACAAAAACAACUGUGCAUAUGAUCAAAUGAUUAACUGUGGUGAUUUAGUGCCUUUUUAUUUAAACUGUUUUAUGAUUAAAUGCAUUUUU